AUGAGCCACGCGAGCCAGAAGACGUCUCAACCGAACGUCGACAACUGGCACAGCAGCUUGGCAACUGAGAGAAGCACACAGAGCUUCAGAAAGCCAGAACCGAGCUGCGCCGACGAACCUCCGUUCGGCGACGGUCCCUUCCAGCUUUUGUCCCUGCUCAACGUCGUGCUCGCGGCAGCGGCUUACGUACUACACUACGAGAGUUUCAGGAUGACUGCUGGAGUCAUGGACCACUGGUGCCGCCGCCCCGAGGCAUUUGCCAACCUCAGCGUGCAGCAGUGGAAAGAGCUGGCCAUUCCCGUCGACAAACAGGGCGUGUACAGUCGAUGCACCGUGCGCGAACCGCCUUACAGCAGCGCGAACAACCGCGUCGUUCCCUGCACGUCGUGGGAGUUUGAUCUGAGCGAGUACGGGAACAACGCGGUCAGCGAGUGGGUGCUAGUGUGCGACAGAGCGUGGCUCAUCUCGCUUGCCAGGCUCGUCUACGCCGCAGCUUGCAUCUUCCCCACGCCGGUGGUGUCCAGGCUGGCCGACCGCGUCGGGCGCAAGGUGGUCGUUUUCGUCACCAUUCCGGUGGUGCUCAUCUCGGGCGUCGCCAGCAGCCUCCCGAACGACUUCCAGUUUUUCGUCGCCGUGCGCGCCGUUGUGUCGGCGGCGACGAGCUGCACAAUGGUGCCACUCUUUGCUACCAUGUGGGAGGUGUGCCCGCCGCGCAAGACACCCAUCUACUGUAUCGUAUUUAUCCUGGUCACCAUGGUUAUCAGCGACAGCACAGUGUCGACCGCGGAGCAGCUCAAGGCCGGCUGGGCCACGGUUCAGCUAGUCCUCAUGGUGCCGACGUUCCUGCUAGUCGGUUUGUACUUCACCGUGGAGGAGUCUCCCAGCUGGCUCGUGGCGACCGGCCGUGUAGGGGAGGCCGAACGGAUAUCGCAGCGGCUUGCGAAGCUGAACGGCGUGCCCACAAGCCGCUGCCGCGAACUGUUCGCAUUGCAGACACGGACGCACAUGCGGGAUGCAGCCGAGAACCUCAAACAGAGCGACCCCUGCAACGCGCGCCUGAGAAGCCAUUCCAUUCUGGUUUUCUACAUGUGGACGGCGCUGAGCUACGCCCAGGACAGCUAUGUCACCAACGACGGCAUUCCCGUGAGAGUCCUGGUGAAGGUUAUCGUCGCUGUCACGUCCCUGUCUGCGUGCGUCUUGUUUACACGCUGGGUUCAUCAUUACGGCCCCAAGCGUACCGUCGUCGUCAGCGGGCUCGGCUUCAGUGCCUCCUUGGCCGCCCUUACCGCCACGCCCUUGGAAGAAGACACGCUCCUCCUCGACCUGCUGGUUAUCGUCAUGAAAACGACCGGUUACAUCACCUUCUCGAACUUCGGCGUGUUGACCAUGCAGCUGUACCCCGUCACUGCCCAUUGCACUGCCACGGCCAUCGCUCUCAUCUGCAACCGUGUGGGCGACACGUUAGCGCAGAUGAGCACCGUUCUCAUCGGACCCAGGUGGCACUUGGGCAAUGGCCUCGCCUUCGCCGCUGUGACAUCUGCGCUGUUUGUGAUAGCGGGCGAGCACCUUCCCGAUGAGCCCGGAACUGGAGCUUUCGGCAUGCCUGUUCACAAGCGCAGCUCACCCGGCGAAGAUUUAAAGCGGAUAUUUCGAGAAACUCUGAAGCCGCUGGGCAAGAAGCGCGCGAAGCAAGGUGAAAAGAAGAUACGCCGAAAGCAAUCAACGAACUUACUGAGAUACUAA